AGCUAUGGCGCGUACUAAGCAAACUGCUCGCAAAUCUACGGGCGGAAAAGCUCCGCGCAAGCAGCUUGCCACCAAGGCUGCCCGCAAGAGCGCGCCGGCAACUGGGGGCGUGAAGAAGCCUCACCGCUAUCGGCCAGGCACCGUAGCGUUGCGCGAGAUACGCCGCUACCAGAAAUCAACUGAGCUGCUUAUUCGUAAGCUGCCUUUCCAGCGCCUGGUGCGUGAAAUUGCGCAGGAUUUCAAAACGGAUCUCCGUUUCCAGAGCUCUGCUGUGAUGGCGCUGCAGGAAGCAUGCGAGGCCUACCUGGUGGGGCUUUUUGAGGACACAAAUUUCUGCUUUGUGCUCGGUAUGUCUGGCCGAGGGAAAGGUGGGAAGGGCCUGGGUAAAGGGGGCGCUAAACGCCAUCGUAAGGUCUUGCGGGACAAUAUCCAGGGUAUUACUAAGCCUGCCAUUCGUCGCCUUGCUCGUCGUGGGGGUGUCAAGCGCAUUUCCGGCCUUAUCUACGAGGAGACUCGGGGCGUGUUGAAAGUGUUUCUUGAAAACGUGAUUCGGGAUGCUGUCACCUACACUGAGCACGCCAAGCGCAAGACGGUCACAGCUAUGGAUGUUGUCUACGCGCUCAAACGUCAAGGUCGCACCCUGUACGGUUUCGGUGGCUAAUUCUCCCCCUUCCGGUUUCCUGCAUUUUUAAAUAAAGAAUUUGCAAAAGGGCCCUUUUCAGGGCCACCUA